CACACACACACACACACUCUCGCACGCCAGCGGCCGUCCGUCACACACAGGACUUCAACAGCGCUUCAUCAUGAGCACACACACCAGAUCCGGGAGGAGAACCGUCCUACAAGACAACAGCUGGAUCAAACGAAACACAGAAGAGGACGAACCCAUCGAUGAUGAUCCGAACUUCGGUAAAGUCGUUCUGUCUCAGAAGAAACCAGUGGAUGAUGAUGUCAGCAGCAAGUCAGUGAAGGCCAUAAAAACCCCAGUGAACUCUGGGACAACCUUCAACAAGAGCCCCUCAUCAGUGAACAAGAGCAUCUCUGCGGUCGUCCCGCCACCGACUCCGGCUCCCAAACCUCCGGUCCCUGCCAAGAAUCCGGUGCUCAAGACUCCCACAUCCAGCUUCACGGCGCGCGUCUUCUCUGGCGCUAACACCAGCAGCAAACCAUUGAGUCCUGUUAAACCAUCGUUCGGUGAGAAGUUUCCAGAUCUCACAGCGUCUCAGUCUACCAAUGGCGUCUCCCUGUCGGCAGCAGCUCCAGACACUUCAACCGCUGGGAAGAGUUCCUCCGUCUCCAGUCCCGUGAAGAGCUCGACCCGGAGUGAAAGCGUGUCUGUCUCUACACUGAAGUCCUCAACACCAUCUCCGUCUCAGUCUCAGAGUGAAAGCGUGUCUGUGUCUACAGUGAAGUCCUCAACACCGUCUCAGUCUCGGAGUGAAAGUGUGUCUGUGUCUACAGUGAAGUCCUCGACACCGUCUCCGUCUCAGAGUGAAAGCGUGUCUGUGUCUACACUGAAGUCCUCGACACCAUCUCCGUCUCAGAGUGAAAGCGUGUCUGUGUCUACACUGAAGUCCUCAACACCGUCUCAGUCUCGGACGGCCGUCACGAACACUAAAGCAUCUCCAGCGCUGGAGGAGAGUCUGCGGCCGUCAGAGAAACCCUCAGCGAGCGCUCCACUGGACGGCCUCGCUGACUCGCUGCUGUCGGGACGAGUGCCGUCGCAGCCGCUCCGAUCACAAUCGCAGGUCAGGACCGUGAGCACUGAGAUUCCCUCGGCGUCACCGACCCUUCGCUCGCCUCUACAGACACUGCAGUCCUCCAGCAGGGUCGCCUGUACGGUCUGUGGGAAACCCAUCGCUGGAGGAGAGAAGAUGAUCUUAGAGGAGCUGAACAUCAUCAGCCACACGGCCUGCUUCAGGUGUGCGGUGUGUCGCCGGGAUCUCGGGGGUCUGGAAGCUGGGAAGUCUCUGUGGGUCCAUCGGGAGCGAGUCCACUGCUCAAACUGCUUCAGUGACAUCAGAGCUCAGUGGUAUAUCUGAGAUGAUGUCGAUCACGAGGAGACAAUAAUUCAACAGCAGAGUGUGUGUGUCGGAGUGUCAUAAUCAGAUUAUUCCAUUAUAUUCAUACAGAAACUGAUUGUAAUUAGUUUUAAUGGUUUUAAAUGUGAUUGAUGAUUAGUUUUAAUCAUUCUAAUAAUUCAUGAGGAUAUAUAUCUGUUCUCUUUAUAUCAAUAAGAGUAAUUUACAUUAAUGUUAUGAACGUCAAUUGUACACAUCAUAUGCACAUAAUAAAACUAUAUUCUGACUAGA